AUGAAUUCAACCAUCAGAUAACCACUAUCACAUCAUAACUCAAUCGAUAAGAGAGAAAAUCGACCUGAAACUAAGCAGGAUGCAAAACCAUUCUCAUUCAUAAAACCAGGUGUAUCAAAUUAUCAACCAUUGACAUCAUCUAACUCUUAAUUAACUCCUUAAUCUCCAAUCAUAAAUCCACAAUAGAUUACUAAAUAGUCAAAGCCCAAUUGUUCGAUUUAGGAUUUGGAAACUUUUAUUAAGGAAAUAGACAGAUUACAAUUAGAGAAUUAAAAGCUGAAAGAAAAGACUCAAGAACCUUAAGUGGUGGUGCAACAAGAUCCGAAAUUAGCACUUGAAAAUCAGGAACUCAAAGAUUAAUUGGAUUUCCAUAAACACAAAUGUGAAUUAUAGGAAAAGGGUCACAAUGAUGCAGUAAGAUAAAUUGAUUUAAGUUGGAAAUAAGACAUAGCCAAUUUGAAAUACCAGAUGGAGCAAUAGGAAUCAAAACACAGAUAAGCUUUGAGAUAGGAAUAAUAAUAGGCAAAGCAAGAGAUUGCUAGACUCUAAUAGAACUUAUCAUAAAUAUCUAGUUCAGAUAACAAGAAUUAGAGUCUCGUUUAAGCUUUGGAAACUCAAUUAAUAAAUCUAAAGAAAAAUAAUAACACAUUGGAGGAGAAGUUGUCAUAUGCUAUUUAAUAAUUUGAUUCCUAAUCAAAGGAUUAGGAGUUCACAUUAUUAAAAUAAUAAGCUGUGAUUGGAUCAUAAGAACAACAUGUUGUUGAAUUGAAGAAUAAAUUGACUCAGUAAAGAGAAUAGAAUAAGGAAGUAUCUUAGUAAUUGAACAAAUACAAGGAUGUGGCUGAAACUAAGACUGCAAGUGAAUCUGUGUUAUAAAAAAAGUUGAAGCUUAUUGAAGGUGAUUUUGAACAUUUGUCUUAAACUUAUAAUGAGCACAAGGAUUCAUUAUAAUCAAAGAUAAAUGAAUUGACUUCAAUGUAUGGAAAAUCCUAGGAGUAGAUAUGUCUGUUAUAACAGUAAUAAACUAAAGAGCAGAAUUAAAUUAAGAAGUUAUAAACUUCCUUGGAAAAUUAAGAGAAGAAUCAUUAGAAUGAAAUCAGUGAUCUUCAUAAAUAAAAAUAAAUGUUGAUUUAAUUUUUAGAAUAGGAAUUACUUGGUUAUAAAGAAUAGAAUUAACAAUUGAAAUUGAUGAAUCAGAAGUUGGAAACUUAAUAUAAAGAGAAUCAAUAAUCAUAUUAAUAAAACUUUAGAGAAUUAGAAUGUAAGACUAAUAUGUUAGGAGAUGAAUGCACUAGACUCAAUAAUAUCAUCAAAUAAAAGGAUGAGUAAGUCUUUAGAUUGUAAGUCUAAUUAAAAGAUUUGAUGAAUCUUAAUGGAAAAAAUUAAUCUCAAGAAUAAAUCUUAGAGAAUUUAUAGAUUAAAGAAGGGGAAAUCAAUAUUCUAAAGUAAUAGAAUGACAGUUUGAUUAGUGAUUUAUCAAGGUAAGCUGAGAAUUACAGAAAUCUAGUCCAAUAACAUAAAUAAUUGUAGAAAUAAUCAGAAGAAGUAAAGAUGAAUAGCAUCACUAUCAAUGAAUUUUAGAGUAAAUGUGAAUUGUAAGAUAAGGAGAUUGAAAGAUUACGAUAGAAAGUCUUAGAAAAAUCCUAAUUACUAGAAAAAGUAUAGAAGGAGAACUUAGAAUAUUAGGCUAAGCUGAAAUCAAAGUUAAGAUGAUAUUAUUACUUUUAUUUUAUUACAUAAUAAUGAUUUAUACAUAAUCUAA